AUCUCUGAAACAAAAAAAAAAAAACAAACACAACAUCAUCUUUUUCUCCGAUGAACUCACUUCACUCUCAUCUCAACCUUAACUUUCACAACCUAAAACCUUAACCUCAUCAACUUCAUUAUCAUUACACUAAUUAACAAACUAAUCAUUAUUUAUAUAUUUGAUUUACAUUAAUUAAUAAAAUUAGAUCAUUAUUAUUAUUAUGUUUAACCCAACCACGCGUGUUAUCAAUGAACCCAGUGCGGUUCUCGAUUUAGGUUCACAAAUUGGGCGUUUCACAAUCGAUACGUCGUCGUUUCUAAACUUGAGUUCCGAAGCUUGUUCUCCAUCGUUUCUCUCUAAUUCUCUCUACUUCAACAACGUUGCAGCGCGUUCUGCACCAAAACGCACCGUUUCGUUGAGUUUAAAGCUCGGUGGUGGUGGUGGUGGUUAUAGGUUUCGGAAUUUUCUUCAUGAUUUUAAUAGAGCUAUUAGGUUUCAUUGUGAUAGGAUUCCGCUUGGGUUUGCUUCGUUAAGAUUGGGUGACGGUAACGGUGACGGUAAUAAUGGUAAUGGUAACGGUGAAGGUGUUGGUGGAAAUGGGAAUGGGAAUGGUACUGUUGUGGAAGAUGAUGGAUUGAAAUUGAACGGUUCUGAUUGUGUUAAACCUAAGAAAGUUUUGAUUUUGAUGAGUGAUACUGGUGGUGGUCAUCGAGCUUCUGCUGAAGCUAUUAAAGCUGCUUUUUAUGAAGAAUAUGGCGAUAAUUAUCAGGUGUUUAUUACUGAUUUGUGGUCUGAGCACACGCCUUGGCCGUUCAAUCAAAUUCCCAAGAGCUAUAGUUUUUUGGUUAAACAUGGCCCAUUAUGGAAGAUGGCCUACUAUGGAACUGCCCCACGUCUAGUUCAUCAGUCCAAUUUCGCCGCAACUUCAACAUUCAUAGCUCGUGAGGUUGCUAAAGGGUUAAUGAAGUAUCAGCCGGAUAUAAUAAUCAGUGUGCAUCCAUUGAUGCAACACGUUCCACUUCGCAUUUUGAGGUCAAGGGGUCUUUUAGAUAAGAUUGUUUUUACCACAGUUGUUACAGAUAUGAGCACGUGCCAUCCAACAUGGUUUCACAAGCUUGUAACUAGAUGUUAUUGUCCCACAACAGAUGUUGCAAAAAGGGCAAUGAAAGCUGGACUAAAGCAAACACAAAUAAAGAUUUAUGGCCUACCUGUUAGACCUUCCUUUAUUAAGCCUGUUCGGCCGAAGGAUGAACUGAGGAGAGAGUUGGGGAUGGAUGAGGAUCUUCCUGCUGUAUUAUUGAUCGGAGGGGGUGAAGGUAUGGGUCCGAUAGAGGCUACGGCUCGGGCACUUGGAGAUUUAUUAAACGAUGAGGGGGUUCCCACGGGUCAGAUCCUUGUGAUCUGUGGACGCAAUAAGAAGCUUGCUAACAAACUCAGUGCUAUCAAUUGGAAGAUUCCUGUGAAGGUCAAGGGAUUUGUUACCAAAAUGGAGGAAUGCAUGGGAGCUUGUGAUUGCGUUAUAACAAAGGCUGGCCCAGGGACAAUUGCAGAGGCCAUGAUUCGAGGCCUACCUAUUAUUUUAAAUGAUUACAUUGCUGGGCAGGAAGCUGGCAAUGUUCCCUAUGUUGUUGAAAAUGGAUGUGGAAAGUAUUCUAAAUCUCCUAAGGCGAUAGCAAAAAUUGUUGCAGACUGGUUUGGUCCCAAAGCCGACGAACUAAAAACAAUGUCGCAAAAUGCAUUAAAGCUAGCAAGACCGGACUCUGUGUUCAAGAUUGUCCAUGACAUGCACGAGCUAGUAAAACAAAGAAGCUUAUUAUCAGAGUAUUCUUGUACAGCGUAAUCCAUGUUGAGGCUAUUUUUUCAAACGAUUAUUUUGUGAAAAUUGUAAAAGGCAGCAUAGGUGGUGUAUCACUAGUAAAAAUGAGUAUAUGUUUUCCCACCAAUUUGAUAUUAAUGUUUAGUUACUACUCAUUUGAAAUUAAUAAAAAUAAUAAUUUUUGGCUA